UGAAAUCUGUGGUGUUGUAGUGGUGGCAGAAGGUAAGACAUUCCCAAGGACGGGGGAGGGAGUAGGGAUGAAGGUGAAGGUUUGGAUGGAUUGACAAGAGAGUGAGGUUUCUAGGGUUAGGUUCAUGAGGUGAAAAAGCUCGCGGACACCGUGGAUUGAAUCCCUCGCCUAUCAACAACCUCCUUCAAGAUGGCCAAGGAGAAUUAUAACUAGUAGUUUUAAGUACAAAUGAUGUAGCGGACUUCCCUGGGUUAUUUAUUCAAAUAUUCGAUUUACUUAAUUUAUUGUUAUUACAUACGAGCGUGCGUAGCUUAGCGACAGAGACACGUUUUGAGAAAUGCGAUGUCAUCGUCGUGCAAACAUCAUUAGAUGCAGGUAUAUGCAGUCCACCGUUGACUGAAACAGCGUUACGCGGCGCGUGACUGUGGUCACAAAGAAGUUUGCUGUAGCUGAAUGUUGUAAGCCUGGAAACAUGCGGGGCGACGAGAUGGAGAUGCCAAACGAUUCAUACAUUUAGACACAACCCACUUGUAAACAAAAAAGAAAAAUCUGCACUUGCUUUUCACACAAAAUUAAAUAAAUAAAAACAAACGACAAAUCAAUAUCAAUGCAAUGAAAUAUUAUUCGAUUAAAAGCUUAUUAAAAGGAACUAAAAAUAAAAAUAAAUUUAGAAAAAACUUGUAGUCAUCAAGCUCUGCAGACGUGGCAGGAUGAGCUGAAGAAGAGAAAGAUGAACAAGGAGACUCACCUUCCACUUGGGAAAUACGUGAACAGAUUCAAGCUUUUCAGUGAUAAUGAAAGCAGUCUGCCAUGAAUAACAUUUACUGUUAUCAGUCGUGAGAGGAGCAGAUAACACCUGCUAACGUGUAAUUUUUCUCUACGCCCACCAGGUACAACAAGCAUCGCUUGUGUUCUGUACACCGUAGUCCUUCAGCACGACAGUCGGCAGUUCCUUUGCCAGUCCCUUGACAAUUCAGCAAAAGCUGUUCAACACUUAGUGCGUACCUGAAAAUACAGCAAGCUGCUACCUUCAAAUAUGUCAAGCUGAUACCUCAGAUGCAACAAGCUUCAGCUAAGACUACAAGAACAGAUCGAGUUGUCACAAGCUUAAUCUACACUUAAGCAAGAUGGCGAGAGAGGACUUCCACCUGUUCUGGAACACUCACCUGCACACGUCAGAGGCCGGGGGACAGUCCCCAGACACCGCGGUGCUGUACUGGCACUCACUCAAAGAGGAGACGAGCAACUUCCCCUGGACACGUCGAGAGGCUUCUCCUCGUCAACACGCGCUGGUUGCCGUCGCACGUGACAUCAUGACACAGGUCCGGGUGGCCACCAAGAAGAUGACACUGACAGUCACAUUCUGCAGAACCUAAGUCCAUGCAGUGAAUGUGCUGCAGAACUCUUGAAGGCAGCAAGCUUAGCCAAAGAAAAGAAAGUCAAACUUGAGCUGUCCAUCGCUUUUGUCUCCCUUCACCGGAUCCGGCGACCGUCAUGCGCACAGCGAGGGCACGCGUGUUCGGCAGACAUCUGCAUCAACGAAUCCAAUGACAACUGUCUGGCACUCAGGAGACUUAGCGAAGAAGGGGUGAAUCUGUCCACGUUUCAUCCUGCUCUCUGGCAGUUCUUCUACACAUUUGUUGGUCUAGGAUUGCCAUCUCCACUGCCGCUCACUUUGUUUGCAGGAAAAUACUCAGGGACCACCUUGCAGCAGAGAAUGUCGGAAGACUCCUUGAUGACCCAGGAACUUCAGGCUGUUCUUGGAGGUAUGCAGAUCGCAUCUGGUAGUGCAAGUCCGGAACCAGACAGCUAUGUUGUACAGUGGAUCGCACCGCGUUUGUCUGGCUCCAAAAAAGUUUCUGAGUACAGAAUCACCUACAAAAAGAUUCUGCUCAAAAAUAAAGAGUGCGAUGAUCCCCGUCUGUGGAGGGUGCAUCAGUCCGCCAGCCCCACCCCCACCAAGCUGUCGGUGUCAGGCGAGAUGUCAUCAUGUCGUCUGGAGCGUCUGGAGCGGGACUCCUUCUACGAGGUGACGGUGGAGGCUCUUGUCCACAACAUGGCUGCUUGCUCCGCGAAGAAGCUCUUUAAAACAGACGACAAAGUGCCAGUGCCAUCGCUAGCAACGCCAAAGAAGUUAGUGCGAAGCAACUCUCGCUCCUCCUAUACAGCCUCGUCUCCACGCACGCCCAACGGCCAUGUGAAAUAGACUACCAGGUCCGGCAACUGAGAUCACAGCACAACAAUAAUAAUAUGGAGUCAUGAAGACCGUCACCAUGCAGAAGAUC